ACGGAGAUAAAUAGUCCGGUCACGUGCUGGGGCCAUCGCGGUAUAGCUGCUUUAGACAUUCAAUGCAGCCGGGAACAAUGUCUUUGAUUGUAGGCAUCCAACCCUGCUAUUGACCCUUUUUGCAAACCAUUCGCAUCACAGCCGUGUGCUUUUCACCAUGGCCGAGUCUCCAGGAUCCCCUCUCUCCUCCAUCGCUUCAGAUGACCUUACUGAGGACAUGAAGCUCGAUAACCAGGGACAAUCACCCUCCGCAUCGAACAUGCCGCCCUCAAAGCGCCGUCGCACUGGCAUCGCGUCCUGGGACCGCCAGACGCCCAUGUCCUCAGUUCACGAAGAUAUUCCUCCGACAUCUCCUUCGACCUCGAUAUCGUCCGAUACCUCCGGUGAUAUCCCGAACUCACCCAACACAGCCGCGCUCAUCGGAGCCGGCCAGGAUGACGACUAUAGCGGCCAGGGCAGUGACCAAGUGACCGUCUGCAGAUGGGAGGGAUGCGAAGCUGGAGAUCUGGGAAAUAUGGAUGACCUCGUCCAGCAUAUCCAUAAUGAACAUAUUGGGAUCCGGCAGAAGAAGUACUCCUGCGAAUGGGUCGAUUGUAGCCGGAAGGGUCAGACGCAUGCAAGCGGAUACGCGCUGCGCGCGCAUAUGAGAAGCCAUACCAGAGAGAAACCUUUCUACUGCGCACUUCCAGAAUGCGAUCGCAGCUUCACCCGUUCAGACGCUCUCGCGAAGCACAUGAGGACAGUCCACGAAACAGAAGCCCUGAGACCUUCAGACCCCGUCCCAAAGCAUCAUACUGCUCUCGGGUCAAUAGCUACGCCAACCAGCAAGCUACAGCGUAUCAAGCUAAAGCUGUCCUACCCCCCUAGAGAAGACAUGGAACAAUUAAGCGACACCAACAUCGAAGAGCCUGCAGACAUUGAUGAACUUGACUCAAUAUCUAUUCCCGACUAUGGCCCUGAACUAGGCUUCGAUGAAGAGGAGCUUUCCCUUCGUCCAUACGACCUCUACCGCCUGCUCCGUCGCCAGAUCCACUGGGCAGAAAAGGAAAGCGCCCAGCUUCGCCAGGACUGGGAGAAAAUCGAACCACGGAGAAAACAAGCCUUCAGGGAGAAAGAAUCCAUCUUUGACAACGUAGCCGAGGCCGAGCUGGAAUUAAUCAAAACCAUCUGGGGCACAGAGGGAGUACUACCACAAGCUCUGACUCUCGCUAAUGGCCUCGGACAAUUGCAGCAGAAGAACGACGUGCCGCAAUCAGAAGACCCAGCUGAAACAGCUUCAGCCCCUACUGCCGAGCCCGUCGCAGGUUGAGGCAAUAUGCCUACAAUCUACAACCUAAUGCAUCAACUCCUUCCUCCGAAACCUUGUAUUUCAAUCAGGCGUACAGUGUUCCUUUCCUCGCAGCGGUGCUGUGAUCACAUGGCUAAUUUAUCCGGAUUGGCUCUGCCUUUUCUCCUUUUUUUCCCUUUUUCUUCCCCUUUUCCUUUUUUCGCCCCUUUCUCUCUUCAAUGUACGGGUACAUGGCUAUUUAUGCUCGGUGCGGGGUUGGAAUCCAUAUAUGUAUCUUUUUUUUUUUUUU